CUAGUCCUGGGGCCCAGAGCACAGGGAGGCGGAGGGUGGGUCUGCGGUCGCGUGACCAAACCAGCUGUUAGCAGGGGGCUGGAGAGCCUGGAGUCUGGGGAACCGGAGCGCCGACAGUCUUCUGCGCUACUGACGCGGAGGCUGUAACGUAGCCGCCGCAGCGCCCCCAACUCCGCAGUCGCAGCAUCAGCACCGCUGGACCGGGCUCGAGCCGGCUGCUUGGCAGGAAGCAUGUUAGCUGAAGACUGGCUCCGAAGACCCAGCGGUUAACUCUUGGGGGCUGAUGUUCCCAGAGGCACUGUUUAAGCUCCGGCAAGUCUCCUCUAGCUCUUACCACAAGCUGGGAAGACUUCAUGACCCCUCAUUAUCUCCUAGAGGAGGGCCAGGCUGAGAUCUGAGGAUGUCUGGCGCUCCUCCGAGUUACUCUUUUGUGGCUUUGCCACCUCGAGCUAAGGAUGGCCUGGUGGUAUUUGGGAAAAAUUCAGCUCGGCCCAGAGAUGAAGUCCAGGAGGUUGUGUAUUUCCCAGCUGUUGACCAUGAAGCUGAGAGCAAAGUUGAGUGUACUUACAUCUCAAUUGACCAAGUUCCCAGGACCCAUGCCAUCGUGAUAAGCAGACCUGCCUGGCUCUGGGGGGCAGAAAUGGGAGCCAAUGAACAUGGGGUAUGCAUAGCCAAUGAAGCCAUCAAUGCCAGAGAACCAGCUGCUGAGACGGAAGCCUUACUGGGGAUGGAUCUGGUCAGGCUUGGUUUAGAACGAGGGACAACAGCUAAAGAAGCCUUAGACGUCAUUGUGUCCUUAUUGGAUGAGCACGGACAAGGUGGAAAUUACUAUGAAGAUGCACACUCCUGCCAUAGCUUCCAAAGUGCAUAUCUGCUGGUGGAUCGUGACGAAGCCUGGGUGCUGGAGACCGUUGGGAAGUAUUGGGCUGCUGAGAGAAUCACAGAGGGAGUGAGGAGCAUUUGCAAUCAUCUUUCACUCACGACUAAGAUGGACGAAGAACACCCAGAACUCAGAACUUAUGCUCAGAGUCAAGGCUGGUGGACAGGAGAGGAUGAAUUCAAUUUUGCCCAAGUUUUUUCUCCAGCCGAUGACCAUUUGGACUGCUGUGCAGGCAAAGACAGCUUAGAAAAGCAAGAAGAAAGCAUCACUGUGCAGACAAUGAUUAACAUCUUACGAGACAAAGCCAGUGGAGUUUGCAUAGAUUCUGAGUCUUUCCUCACCACAGCCAGUAUAGUGUCUGUCCUGCCUCAGAACAGAAGUUCACCUUGCAUCCACUACUUCACCGGGACCCCGGAUCCUUCCAGGUCCAUAUUCAAGCCUUUCAUCUUUGUUGAUGACGUAAAACUUGUCCCCAAAGCACAGUCGCCCUGUUUUGGUGAUGAUGACCCAGCCAAAAAGGAACCUCGGUUCCAGGAGAAGCCAGACCGCCGGCACGAGCUGUAUAAGGCACAUGAGUGGGCACGAGCUGUCAUCGAGAGUGACCAGGAGCAAGGCCGCACACUGAGGAAGACCAUGCUGGAGUUGGAGAAGCAAGGCUUGGAGGCUAUGGAAGAGAUUCUGAGCAGCCCUGAGCCCCCAGACCCCGCUGAGGUGGGGGACCUUUUCUAUGACUGUGUGGACACAGAGAUGAAAUUCUUUAAGUGAUGUAAGCACCCUCACCCUUACUUAAAACUUCCCACCCGACUAAAUUACCAGCGGAUAAACACUCUUCUGUUUGAGUAAAAUGAGAGUUACCAUGUGGCCUCCUUGUGUCUAAAUGUUCCCUCUGUUCAGCUUAGCAACCCUCCCCUUUGCUAUGUAACACGAUCCACUGUGUAUUAAGCUAUGGGCUUGAAGAUGUUCUUGUAUUUCAGUGACAAUGGACACCUUAGCUUCUCAUGCAGAACUAGAGUUCCCUCCUGCCUUGGACUGCAGGGCCACGCUGGUGGGAAAGACAAGUACUGUGAAGGGCCUGGUCCCUCUCCAGACAGUGGUUUCUUUAAGGUGAACAAAAGGCUUUUGUUCACACCAAAGGUUCCUGUGUGUGUAGAUGGGGGAGAGUCCCCCCAGCUUCCCUUCACAGAGCACAGGCCUGUGUGUAGCUCACAGUCCCCACAAGUAUGUCCUGGGAAACAAAGCCAAUGGGAAGGAACAGAGGACUCAUGGGUACGGUCCUGGCUCUGCUCCAGUGUAUGCGAUUUUUGAAAGACUUGUCUUCUGUGAGCUGUGCUCAUGUGCAGUGGACCAGACCUGCUUCCAUCUGCAGGAGAGCCGAGCAUCCAUGGUUCCCGCACCUCCUCAUCCAGCACUGCACCCACCUGAGGACCCGGCCCUGUGUAGAAACUGAUUGGGAUUUGAUUGUCAGCAACUUGUAUAAGAUUCAAUAAAUGGCCCUGGCAGAGCAGACACACGCAGCUGCAAAUCUCAGCCAAUGAGGGAAAGGAAAGGGUCGCUCUUGACUGCAUAGCUAAUAUACCUGGGAUUUGAGCAGCCAUGGUCUCAGCAGAGCCUGAAAUUAAACUCAUCUGUUUCCAGCAUCAGUGUGUUUGCACAAAGGAUUUGACACCACAGGAGUGUGUGAGGAAGACAGGGCAGGCUGAGGGCAGUGAGACAUUUAUCCACAGAACAGUCAGUCUUGCCCCAGUCACUGCCUAGCUAACUAGAUCUUACAAAUCAGUGUGCUGGGCACCUGACCUCCAGUAUCUCCUCUAAUUCAUUCUCACCCCUCACUGCCCAAAGGAUGCCUUUGGACAAUGUCUAGAACGGGAGAGAGGUAUAGGUGCCUAUCCACUGACACUCUCCACGACUGAAGGGGCCAAGGGUGUAAAGAUGACUGACAGACAGAUAGACUAGAGAGUGGCUAGUGAGCGUGUGUUGCAUGGCCUAAUUAUAGCUUGUCAUUCUUGACAGGGCUGAGCAAACAGAAAUGGUUCAUCAGUGAUCUCAGGCAUGGUUUAGGGAUGGCAGUGACCUGAGCCCUCAUUUCACAAGGUGAUGCAGGCUAUAGGUUUUAUUGGGACAAAUCUUGUUUCUCUUCCAACCCUCAUUUGAGAGAAGGUGGGGGAGGAAGGGAAGGAGGGAGAAAGAGAGAGAGAGAGAGAGAGAGAGAGAGAGAGAGAGAGAGAGAAAGAGAGAGAAAGAGAAUGUUCACUGUGAGCCCUUUUUUUGACUGUUUAGUGGAUUCCAUAUAUAAACAAAUGUCAAAACAUGAGAGCUAGGACAAAUUCAUGAUAACCCGGUAUCUGUUGCUGAUGGACAGAGGGUAGCAGGUAGAGCCGCUAAGCUGAAAGUGCCCGGCAGGUGCAAAAGCGAAAAGGGUGAGGUUUGAGGAGGAAGCAGUUGCCUGUCCAACCUCAGCUGCUGAGCUAUUUAAGGAAGGUGAUGCAGAAAGCCGUCCUGUGGUUUCCUUGUGUGGUCUCCCCUCCGCCUCAGAGGCCAGCUCAUUAGAUCUGACCUGCCUGAGACAACCCAGGUGAUUCGGGGUUUGAUCAGAAGUCUAGUAAUAGCAAACGACACAGCCACCUUCUUUCAUUACUUCGGCCAAGGUCGCAGAUGGCUGUGACAACUUGAUGUCAUUACUCAGGUGUGCACUGGGAAACAUGGUUGCUGUUUUUAUGAUUGACUGUAGUCCAGCAUCACGGAGAAAGGCCAGUCCUCUUUGGAGCAUUGUACAGUGCAACCAUGUUGUAAUCUGACCACCAGAGGGCGCAGCAGCCCUCUAUGGGCAACCCGGCAACUGUUAAAGGGCCUAGAUUUUCUCCUCAGGCAAUGGAUAAGAGCUGAAACAUGAAAGCUUUGCUUACUGGAAUAGUUGGCAACAGACAAGGGCAGAGUAGGGAAUCUGCUGAGGUGCCUGCACGUACUUUAGUGAGUUUAUCAAAAUUAACGACAGAAAUGAUACUGGAUUUUGAGUAAGCAGAUGUAGGCAAAUAUUUGUUUUAAAAUGCAUCUAACAGAUUUCUCUUUGAAGAAACACUUCUCACAUGGGUAAUUUCUCAGCCAGGGGUCACUUUUAUGAACAGCAUGGAGAAAACAGAUAUUCAGGUAUGUUUAAGAUCGUUCUGUAGAUAACUUCCCAGAAGACCACCCUAUAUCUAUUAAGCCUGAGGGUGGGGGAUCCUGAGCACACUUUGGGCAGAAUAAGACAUGAUUAUAAAGGAUGAACUGCCUCUCCCCCCAACCCCCAGGACCUCACCUAAGCUAGCUAUCUUGUGUAGAUAAGAUUUUCAGUAAAUGAUAACAGUAGCCUAGCUGGGGGCGGACACUUGAGUGGACAUGAGGUAGUAAAUCGGAAAUGGUCUUUUAUCAUUCUUGGGGUGUCUGAAAGCUAGAUAAGCAUCUGAUAAACGCUGUGGUGACUUAGCCCAACACAAGCUCCAGUGUUUGUAGGAGUCGGCCCCACAAGCUGACGAAGCAGGUACGCCUGUUAGAGCUCACUGGCUACGCUCCCUUACUCGCGGGUGAAUCAGUAGCUGUGAAAACAAUCAUCACCACAAAACUACUGUCACCUCAUGUUGAUACAGGUGACGCCACUCUGGAGGGGCCUCAGGGCAGGCAGGUGUGCAUGUCUUGAAAUUGUUGACUGCAUUCUUGUAUUGCAACCAUCUUCAGCUGAGAGCUCAGCCUUGGGAGAAAACACACCAUGGAGAGAGAGGUGUGGCAGGCGUGGGGCGAGCAUCCUGGCUCUCCUGGGCCUUCUGCAGCUGUGGUGUUUCAUUCCACGUGGCGCUGACCCCAACUCCUGUCCUGUGGUGUGUGUCAAAUGUGUUUAUUGGACUGAAGCCAACCAUCCUGAACUGCCAUGCAGGGAAUUCUUGCAGGAAUCACUAAGUACAUGUCUCUAAUCUCGUUGUGAGAACCGAAAUGCCAUAGCUGGAGCAGUGUAACAGAAAACCUUUGUUUCCUGGGGUGGGGGAGGGAGGAACUGACCAUGUGGUCUUAACAGCCUUUUGUACAAAUAUCUACAAAUCAAACGAUGUCUCUAUCCAGUGCUUGCCCUCGGAGUGUCUUUAAAUGCACCAAGUGUACAAUAAAAACAUGAAAAUCAA